CGCCUGCGCAGUGCCGCGGCCCGGGGGAAGGGGGCGGCACCUCGGCCCCGCCGCCGCACGGAGCCGCCGCCAUCUUGCUUCUCGGCCGCCGAGCCGCUCGCUCUCGCUCCGGCCGUCCCCCUCCCCCCUCUUUCCCGCUUCCCACCGAUCGGGCCGGAGGCAGCGCGGGCACCGGGUGAAGGGAGGAGGAGGCGGAGGAAGCGGAGAUCGCGGCGCCGGCCGCUCCGAUAAGCCACGUUCCUCAGUGGAGGUUCUCAUGCCAUACAUGAGUGACCUGCAGUGACUUCUCUCUUAGAAGUGCCACAUCCUGCAGAGUGCAGCAAGAGGUGACAGUGACCCCAGCAGCAGCAUUUCUUCCUCCUCUCUUUGCAGCAGCUUUGCACUACCAGGAUGUCCACAGAUGGUGGCUUUGGCACAGCUGGCAACAGUGAUGCCCAGCAAAGCCUCCAGUCCUUCUGGCCACGAGUCAUGGAGGAGAUCCGCAACCUGACCGUGAAAGACUUCAGAGUCCAGGAGCUGCCUCUGGCUCGCAUCAAGAAGAUCAUGAAGCUGGAUGAAGAUGUGAAGAUGAUCAGUGCAGAAGCUCCUGUGCUGUUUGCCAAGGCAGCUCAGAUAUUCAUAACAGAACUGACUUUGAGAGCCUGGAUACACACAGAAGACAACAAGAGGAGGACUCUGCAGAGGAACGACAUCGCCGUGGCCAUCACUAAGUUUGAUCAGUUCGAUUUCCUCAUCGACAUCGUCCCAAGAGAUGAGCUGAAGCCUACAAAGAGACAGGAGGAGGUCCGUCAGGCUGUCACCCCUGCCGAGCCUGUGCAGUAUUACUUCACCCUGGCUCAGCAGCCUGCUGCAGUGCAGGUUCAGGGCCAGCAGCAGGGCCAGCAGACCACCACCUCUACAACAACCAUCCAGCCAGGACAGAUCAUCAUUGCCCAGCCUCAGCAGGGACAGAGCACCCCUGUGACCAUGCAGGUUGGAGAAGGUCAACAGGUCCAGAUCGUGCAGGCCCAACCCCAAGGGCAGAGCCAGCAGGCACAGAGCAGCACUGGGCAGACCAUGCAGGUCAUGCAGCAAAUCAUCACCAACACUGGGGAGAUCCAACAGAUCCCGGUCCAGUUGAAUGCUGGCCAGCUGCAGUAUAUCCGCUUAGCCCAGCCUGUGUCAGGCACCCAGGUAGUCCAGGGGCAGAUCCAGACGCUUGCAACCAAUGCGCAGCAGAUAACACAGACAGAAGUCCAGCAAGGACAGCAGCAGUUCAGCCAGUUCACAGAUGGACAGCAACUUUACCAGAUCCAGCAAGUGACCAUGCCUGCAGGCCAGGACAUCACCCAGCCCAUGUUCAUCCAGUCCACCAACCAGACCUCAGACGGCCAAGCCACACAGGUGACAGGGGACUGAAGGGGGACACUGCAUUGGAUCUUCUCCCUGCGUGGAGCCAAACCAGCCUGACCUUUACCACACCAACCUGGUCUGAUGCCUACAUCUGCUUCUGUCCACCUGCCCUCCACAGCAAGCCUGUAGCAGGCUGCAAUCUCUGCUGCACUCUCUCCACCUUCCUCUGGUGGGUCUGGCAGGACAUCCAAGAGGCCACUGAGAAGAAGGCAGGAAUUAUUCCUUUGGGAUUCUUGGGGUUGUUUUUUUUUUUAGGAGUCAAUAUUUCAGCUGCUUGUCCAAGCCCAGAAAAGAAGAACAACUCCUCAGGAAGGGAAAAAAACAAAACACAAAAAGGGAUUUGUAGCAUCUCAGUGGAAGGUGGAAAAGGUUUUUUUUAUCUGGUCAAGUUGUUGUUGCUGUUACUAUUAAAGGGUCUUGCAUCUGGUGUGUGGUAAGAGCUUUAUUCCUGCUGGUUUCUUGGGCUACUUUGGUUGUUUUUUUCCCCCCCCCUCUGCCUAGAGCUAGAUCCAAUCCUCUCAUCUCAGUGCUUUAGCCGAGCCUGUAUGGGAGGGAGUGGUGGAUGUGUGUGGUAGGUUCUCCUCUCCUCCUGUUUUUGGGGUAAAGCCUCAGCCAUUACCUGUAGGCAAAAGGGAGUAGAGGAGGAGCAAUUCAAAUGCAAACGAACAUUCCUCCUGUGCUGUCUGUGUUGGGUUUGGGUUUGAGGUUGGUUUCUUUGUUUUUCAAGGGGCAAAAUGAUUUUCUUUUCUGGUUUUCAAGUUGAUUUAUUCCAGCAACACUAAAUGGAAACCUGGCCAAGGCCCAGCCCUGCUGUUAACUGUUGUGUUAGCUUCAGUCUGCCUGUAAUAUAAGCUUCAUACCACGCAAUAAACCUCCUUUGUAAGA